AUGGCGGCAUCUCUGUUCACCUACUCAUCAACAUCUCGAAGAGUCACUCCUGCCCCAAACUCUCCUCCACUUCCAAUUCACAUCAAGGCCACCAAUGUAGUAUUCAACCCUGACAUUCCAGAGGUUCAUCGAGGUCUUGGACUCGAUGAUUUCGUCAAUUUCUUGACUUCUUGCCGCCUCCGAUACGCAAUCAGUGACGUACCAUCCGAGUUCUUCCCUGAACAAGUAUGUGAGUUUUACUAUACUGCAACAGUUAAUGAAGAAAACAAUGCCAUCACCGGAACAAUUGGCCGUGGCAGACACUCCGUCUUUAUCACUGCAGAGCUUCUCAGCGCUGCUUUACGAUUACCUCUGUUCGAACCUUUUUCUGAACCUCCAACUAUUGAAAGAUGUAAACGCAUGUUUGAUCAACUGGGCUAUGAUCAUUCAAAGGCUGGUACUCGAUCAGCCCUUAUUUUGCGUCAGUGCAUGACCGCAGGAUGGAAGUUUUUCACUGGUGCCUUGUGCAAGUGUGUGGGUCACAAGUCUCGGAGUGGUGAUCAAUUGAGUAAUUAUGAGCAACAAGUCGUCUGCUCUCUUCUUCUCAACAAAAGACUGGAUUAUGGGGCACUAUUCUUUGAUCAGCUUGUUCAACUUCUACGUGCAAAUGUGCGUGAUGAUCAUGUUCCCUUUCCUCGCUGGAUUGCCCUGGUGUUCGACAAAUUCUUCGCUGCUGAUUAUUUUUCUCACUCUGGGAAUCCAAUCCAAUGCCCUCGCAUGUCCGUUCGCAUGUAUCAGGAUGAUCCUUUAGAUUCAGACAUUGGGAUCUCAGAUAGGAUGAGAGAAUGGAUUGCUCAUCCAUACACUAUGCCUUCUCUCUCAGCUGAUACUGAUGACGGAGGUGCUGAUGGUGAUCAUGUGGAUCAUGCUGAUCAAGAAGUGGAUCGUUAUGAUGGCGGUCAUUCCUCUCCUCCACCUUCUCCUCACCUUACCCCUGUCACUGGUCCUGCCUCCUCAGCUCCACAGGAUCUCAUGUCUCAAGGGGAGCAACCAUCUCAGGGGGAUCAUCAGUCUCAGGGGGAGCAUUCUUCUCAAGGGAGCAACCAUCUCAGGGGAUCUCAGUCUCAGGGGGAGCAUUCUUCUCAAGGGAUGCCUCUCUCCGGGGAGCAUUCAUCCCCAGCAGCUCGCCACUUCUCUCCAAGGAUGCAAUCCAGCUUUCCAGUUGCUCCAGGAACAUCCAUGAUUCAAAUUCCUGCUUCCACAUUCUCUGAACUGAUCGAUCAAAAUGCUCAUGCUGAUGAAGAUCAAAAUGAAAAAGACACAGCAACUGGUGACAACAGUAUUCUUCAGCAUGACUCACUCAACCCCGUUGAAGAAGCUGAUCCUGCGAGACAUGAUAGUCCAGCAGCUACUGAAAGGUUAUCUGAUGAUAGUGAGCAUAAUGAUGAACACGAAUCUGAUUCUGCGGGGCAUAGUAGUCCAGCAGCCACUGAGAAAUUAUUUGAAGAUAGUGAUGAUGACGAAGAGCGUGAUGAACCUGAUGAUGAAUGUCAAAUUUUUGACAUGAACUUUAUUGAUCCUCUCAUUCCAGAUUCAGCAAGAAAGCUUAGAUGA